AUGCCGUAUAUAGGAGCAUCAAACCUUUCGACAAAUUCUUUUAUAAAUUUGAAAGAAAAACAUUCUAUAAAGAACAGGAUAUCGGAGACAGGAUCGCACUCAAAUGCAAAUUCAAAUUCGGGUUCUGUAUCGAUAGCAUCUACCACUGAUACGUUGGGGUCGCCAAAUUUAAAACAAAUAACUAAUAUGGAUAAUUAUCCAACGAGUGAUUUCUCAACAAGUGAUGUAUCAACGCCGCUGAAGCACUCCCUUUCCAAUUCUUCAUCAACAAUGUUUCAUAAACCACCAGUACCUCCUGCCGCAUCAUCAUCACCUCUACCACCAGCACCUUUGGAUGAAAUUAGAGCUUUAUCCUUGGACUCUACUUCUUCAACAAGUAUAGAUAUUGACUCGAAAGAACUUUUCAAUAUACCAAAUGAGUCAACUCACUCAUAUUCUUACAAUCCUUUAUCUCCAAACUCAUUGGCAGUAAGGUUGAGCAUACUAAAAAGGACACUAGAAAUUAUUAUUGGGAAUCCUGCCAUGUUAAGAGAACCUGAUGAAGAUUUAACGUCGAUGCCCACAAAUAAUAGUAGCGUGAAACAUAGUAGAACAAAUACGAGUUCACUUCACAAAAAUACUUCUAAUAAUAAUAAUUAUAAUAAUGAUAAGAUAUUGGAGAGAACUCAAAGUUUAAGCAAUAAUCUCUUCCUUAAUAAUCCUUACUUUCAUGGACGUUCAGAGAGAAGUAAUUCAGUAUCAACUGAAAAGUUGAGGGGAAGAAACGAUUCAAUGGCAAGUAAUAAUAGUAUCGUUAACACUUUAACUGCCCCUACGGCCGCAUUAAAUGCAUUCGUUUCAAAUACAACACCAUCCCUACAGCAACAAGAAACAAAACCUUCGUUAAUACCACCACAUGUAACAAAAGUUAGAUCAAGCAUUAGAAGAGCUAAUUCAUUGGCCUUCUUACCAACAAGUUGGAACAAUUAUGAUACAUCUAUGCGUAGAAUUUCAAAUAGUCAUAGAGAAAAUUCUACUUCUAAUUUGCCAGCAACUUUAAAUUUUAGACACCCCUUUGCUACAAAUAAUGAAACCACACUUAAUAGUGUGGAUAAUGAAUUUGAUGAAGAAAACGAAACUGAAAAUCUAUCUCCAGCUGGUGGUGCAUCCAUAUCCUCACAGGGAGGUAAAACAAACUCGAUCCCUUUUAUGGAUCCUGAUUUGAGUGAUUCAGUGGAAUUAAUAAAUACACAAAGAUCAAAUCUUAUCGCUUUAUUGGAUUUAUUAAAUGAAACUUUAGAGAAUAACGCAUCUCCAACUUCUCCAAGAGCUUCAGAUUUACACAUGAUUUCAUUAUUGAAUAUAAACAAAAUUAUUCUUAAUGGUAAUGAAUCCGGCGAUAGUUACUCAUCCAAAGCAGAUCAACGGUCCCAAGCAUUAAAAAAGACAUUGCUUGAUAGUCUUGCAGAACCAUUCUACGAGCGUACCAUUGUGGAAGAAUCAUUGAUUGAAAGUGAAGAAGCAACAAGGGAAGAAGUAGAUGAUUUUGUUGGUUCAGAUGACGCUGUCGCAUUGGGUGAUAUGAGACCGCAACAGGAUUAUGGUCGUAUAUUAAGAACGUUUACCUCCACAAAGAACUCAGCACCACAGGCUAUCUUUACGUGUACUCUAACCAAUCCUUGGAAAUUUAAAGCAGCUAAUGAUUUAGCCUGUUUGUUAUUCGGGAUUUCAAAGAAUGCAUUGAAGGCAUUGACUUUACUAGAUUUGAUUCAUACUGAUAGUAGGCCAUUCGUAUUACAUAAGAUUUUAUCCACAGAAGGUCAAGAAUUAGUGUUUGCAGGUGAAAUCAUUGGUAUCAUCCAACCAGGUGCAAAUAGUAAUUCAUCGGGUUUAAUCUGGGCCUCAUUUUGGGCCAAGAGGAAAAAUGGUUUGUUAGUAUGUGUUUUUGAAAGAGUUCCUUGUGAUUAUGUUGAUGUGCUAUUAAAUUCAAGUGACUUUUCUGUUGAAAACAUUGUAAAGAAAAGUGGACUAUUAGAUGAAACUGAUUUGAAGAAUACAAACUCAACACAAACUAUAAAUCAUAAUGAAACGCAUCCAAAAUUUGAACUGGGUGUAUUUGAUGAUAAAGAUGAAGAUGAUGAUGAUUCUGAAGAUGAAGAUUCAAUUGCACCAAAGCAAAAGGAAGCGACUAAAACAGUAAAAUUUGCCAACGAUGUACGUGAUCUCGGACAGAUUAGUCAAUCUUUAAAACAAUUAAUUGAAGACGUUUGCGAUGGAAAACUGACGUCACCAGAUGAUGAUUUGUUACCAUUAUCUCUUAGGGUCUCCAAUCAUAUUAAUCAGAAAAGAUAUUUCACUUUAAAUCAUCUUUCAUCAAACAUUCCAUGUGCUGUUUCCUCAUCUAUCUUAGAAAAUGAGUUAAAGUUAAAGAUACAUAGUUUACCAUAUGAAGCAGGUCUUUUUAUUGUGGAUUCUCAUACUUUACAAUUAAUAAGUUUUAACAAGUCCAUAUCCAAGAAUAUGUUUGGACAUCAUUUUUCCGAGUUGGUUGGUAAAUCAAUUACUGAGAUUAUCCCUUCAUUUGCCAAGUUAAUGGAUUACCUUAAGAAGAAAUUUCCACACUUAGAUGUUAAUACAUCAAGAAAUCAAGGGUUGGUCUUAACAGAACAUUUCUUCAGAAAGAUGCAAGCAGAAAUGCUUGGUGAUCCAAGCAGUUUCUACACUUCUGUAGGUAUUGAUGGUCGCCAUCAGGAUGGUCGAACCAUUAAAGUCGAUUUCCAAUUACGUGUUAUGAAUGCAAACGUCAUUCUGGUUUGGAUUACUCAUUCAAGAGAAGUGGCAUUAGCUGAUUAUUCCACAACUCCCUCCCAAUUACAAAUGUUAAAGGAAAAAGAUCUUUCAGUCUUUGGAAGUACGAGUAGCUCAAAUAUUUCAUCAAAGAAAUCCUCUGGUAAAUAUUCUAUUGGAUCAAUUGAUGAUAGAACUAGCCUUUCUGUUAAUACAAGUCAUGAUAGUAAAUCGAGACUUGAAGUGACAACUAAUAGAACGAUGUCUGACAUUGGUUCUGUAGACGAUGAAGAUGAAAUUGAUGAUACCGGCAGUGAAAUAAUGGUCGAAGAUCCGGAGACUAAACAUAAAUUAGAGUUGGCCAAGAUAUAUUCCAGAAACAAGUCACAAUUUGUUAAGGGUAAUUUUAAAGUCGAUGAAUAUUUAAUUAAGAGUAAAUGCUUUUCAGAAACAGGAUCAACAACAACCUUGGAAGAAGAUGUUCCAUCGGAUACAUCAUCUCCGCCAAAUGAAGUGACUGCAGAACCUCAAACAACAUUCUUACGCAAGCCAGCAAAGAAGAUUGGUAGUGAAAAGCAUAUCAAAAAGUUUUCUGAUUUCUUAAUUCUACAAAAGAUGGGUGAAGGUGCCUAUGGUAAAGUAAAUAUGUGUAUCCACAAGGUGAAGAAAUAUAUUGUUGUCAUCAAGAUGAUUUUCAAAGAAAGAAUCUUGGUAGAUACAUGGGUUAGAGAUAGACAAUUAGGUACUAUUCCAUCAGAGAUUCAAAUUAUGGCAACCUUAAAUAAGAAACCACAUGAUAACAUCCUGAGCUUAUUAGAUUUCUUUGAAGAUGAUGAUUAUUAUUAUAUCGAAACACCCGUUCAUGGUGAAACCGGUUGUAUUGAUUUAUUUGAUUUGAUUGAGUUUAAAACAAAUAUGACCGAGUUUGAGGCAAAACUAAUUUUUAAGCAAAUUGUAUCCGGAAUUAAACAUUUACAUGAUCAAGGUAUUGUGCAUAGAGAUAUCAAAGAUGAGAAUGUGAUUGUUGAUUCAAAAGGGUGUGUUAAGAUUAUUGAUUUUGGUUCCGCUGCAUACGUUAAGAGUGGGCCAUUUGAUGUCUUUGUUGGUACCAUUGAUUAUGCAGCACCUGAAGUGUUAAGUGGUGAACCAUACGAAGGUAAACCUCAAGAUAUCUGGGCAAUUGGUAUCUUGUUGUACACGAUCGUCUUUAAAGAAAAUCCAUUUUACAAUAUCGAUGAAAUCUUGGAAGGGGAAUUAAAGUUUAAUAAUUCCAACGAUAUCAGUGAAGAUUGUAUUGAGUUGAUUAAGAAGAUCCUUAUUAGAUCAGUUCCAAAGAGACCUUUAAUUGAAGAGAUUUUCAAUGAUAAAUGGUUAAUCCUCUGA